CCCCAUACGCAAUGAACUUUUUGCUAGUUUAAAGAAAGUGUGUGGUUUAGAGGGAGGAGCUCAAGUUAGGGUGUCGAAGUGCCACCGUCCGUCCCCCCAUGGCUUUUGGUACUUGCAGCUUGUUGUAUUCAAGUAUCUAGCAAAAGGGACGCAUGCCCAAGGUUUCUUUCUUCCUCUGGUAGCCACUUCACGUAAGCGCAUGUGUUUGUUGGCAGCUCAACGACUGUAGCCCAUCAGAAAGGUUUGAUCCAAAGCGAGGUCAUCAUCAUCUUCUUGACAUGAUGGUGCAACUCAUUUUGGAAGGAGGACCGCAGAAGGAGGGCUUGCUGCUGUGUCACUGUCUUCCCUUAAACUGAUAAAAGAAGCCAAAAUCCAACAGCGAGGAGUCGAGUAAGAUCUGAAGCUCAAGGCUGAGGAGUGAGAGAUGGAAUCCCCUCCCUCUGAGCCGCCGCUGUCGCCGCCCGCUGUCGAUCUCUCCCUCACCCUCGCCGCGGCCUCGUCGUCGCCGCCGUCCUCCGGCCACGACGCGAGGGACGUCAGGCUCUUUCCCUGCCUCUUCUGCAACAGGAAGUUCCUCAAGUCUCAGGCCCUCGGCGGACACCAGAAUGCCCACAAGAAAGAGCGAGGUAGUAGCUGGAAUCCCCACCUCUAUCUCCCACCACCACCACCACCACCACCUACCACACACUCCUUUCCCAUCGCUUCCCACUCAUGCAAGCCUGUCCUCCACCGUUCCGGCGACUGCGGAGCCCCUCGCCUGCUGGCUGACCGGCCCUUCCUCAUCCUCAACUGGCAGAGGGCUUCAUACCCCCAUCAGGCACUCUCACCAGAUCUCGGUUCCGUCAAUUCCAUUGCUGCUGCUGCUGCUCCACUUCCAUCCACUGGUGACGACAGGACCAUUAUCGAUCUCUCCUUGAGGCUCUAAGUCUCAGUAGAAUGUGUUUGCUGCAGAGUAGUUCGAUUUUUCUUCCUUCUUUCUUUCAAUCUCUUCCCGAUAGCUCUGCGGCCGCCCGCAGUCCGCGGGUUGCAUGGUGGAGCAUUCCGUGCAUGACAUGGCUACAAGCAUUUGUAUUUGGCGGGUGGUGGGAUGUCGAUAUAACGUGGAGGUGUACGUUUUGUAGGAGACGUUACAUCAUGUUCCCUCCCACUCAAAGUUAUUUGAUCAUCAUCCUUUUUCCGAAUAGUUCAGCCCAUCGAUCGGCCUGCAAGAUUCGUGUGGA